AUGGCUUCUCUCACGCCUAGAGUGUUAAUCAAGCUUCUCCAAACGAUGGACACCAACAUCAAGGUCCGAGGGGAAUAUCGGUCUGUUCUCUUGCAGGUAAUCAGCAUUGUCCCUGCUUUAGCCGGCUCAGAGCUUUGGCCAAACCAAGGCUUUUUCAUCAAAGUCUCAGAUUCUUCUCACUCCACAUAUGUCUCAUUGAGGAACGAAGACAACGACCUUAUCUUGAACAACAAACUGGGAUUGGGACAGUUCUUCUACGUUGAUAAGCUUGAAGCUGGGACUCCUGUUCCUGUUAUGGUGGGAGUUAGACCGAUCUCUGGACGCCAUCCUUUUGUUGGAAAUCCCAAAGAUUUGAUGCAAAUGUUGGUGCCAACACCUCUCCAAGAAGAAGAUAACCACAAACAGAAGAAGCAGAAAGAUGAUGCGAGAUCAAAUGCAAUGGAGAAUCUAAGAAGACGUCAAGAUUUUGUAAUCAAGGAAGAGAAGACAGGUGUGGCUUCAAGAUAUAUGAAAGGUGUUUCAAAUCCAAAGGCAAGUGGAUCAGACUCGAGUAGUGGCAGUAGCAACAAUGGGAGCGAGACUGGAUCGAUGAUGGCGACUAAGAAAGUUAAGGACAAGCAAAGGGAGCACAAAGCUCAGACUGGAUCGAUGAUGGCGACUAAGAAAGCUCCUCCACAAUCUCGGCCUGCGACAGCUCCAACAAAGGCAGAGCCAAAGAAAUCUUCUUUGAGCUCUACUGUGAAUUACGCAAACAGGAAGAGUCAUUCUUCUGAGGAUGCAUCAUGGAGCUCUCUGCCUGUUAAUCUAUCAAAAAUGGGUAAAGUACGCUCUGGGAUGCUGAGAAGGAGAAACAUUGCUGCUCUCCUUGCCACAGAAGUACAAAGAGAGGCCUUGGCUGCUUCACAUCUUAUCAAGUGUAUCAGGCAAGUACCCUUGAAACCAAACAUGCUCCUUAUGUUUGCUGACCUCAGCUCAAGUGCUUCACCAAAGAAUCCACAUACCUCUCUCAGAAACUUCUUCACCCUCCAGAGUCUCCUUGACCAAGCACAGGUCACAGCUGCAGCAUCGAAAGAUAAAGCGGUUCAGCUGGCGAAUGCUCAUCCAUUACGGACGGAGCCUGACAAGGUGACCCAAAAAGCUAGUCUAGUUUCAAGCAUAACCACAACAAAGUCUUCAAAAGCUCUAACAGAAGCCGAGAAGCUUGAAUGGGUUAAGGGAAACGGUACAGAAGAGAUAAAAGAACUGAGAAACACUAUGAAACAGGAAACAAGAAGCUGGUUUAUGAAAUUCCUGGAAGAAGCAAUAGAUACUGGAUUUCAUGCUAGUGUUCCGGAGAAGAAAGGAAAAACCAGAGGAGCGCGAGUAGCGGAUGCGGAUAAUCAUAUUGCCGAGACUUUGUCCCAACUUAAGCAAGCAAACGAAUGGCUGGACAAAGUUAAAAGUGAUCAUCAUCACCCUAGUGAUACUUCUUUGUUAGAGAAUAUAGAAAGAUUGAAGAAGAAAAUAUACUCUUGCUUGCUACUUUAUGUAGAUUCAGCUAUGGAGUAUCAGCAAGCUCGUGACUGA